AUGUCUGUUCCGAACACCUAUGGACUGAUCUUUGCCUGUACCUGUGGAGUGAUCCUGGGCAUUGGACUCUGUGCCAACCUGCUCGUCUUCUCCCUGUUUGCCAAGUACAACACCUUACGAAAGAACCGCCUCGACAUCCUCUUACUCAGCAUGACUCUGGCCGACUUCCUCACCCUGCUGCUCAUCCCCUUCACCCUGCACUCUGCUGUCAGCCACUCGUGGCCUCUGGGUGACGUCUCCUGCAAAGUGUACCAGUUCCUGCUGGCAUUUAGCCUGGCAGCCAGCACCUACUCACUGUGUGCUGUGUCCAUGGCCCGUGCCAUGAUCAUCACCAACCCGUACCAGCCGCCCACCAUGGACCUGGUCAUCCUCAUGUUUGUCCUGGUCUGGGCCCUCAGUUUCUUCAUCAGCCUGCCUCUGAGAAUGUUUGCCAACAAAGAGAGUAUCGGCCCAGACCUGGCAAACUUCACCUUCUGCCUUCCAACCAUUCAUGAGCACCACUACCAAGUGGUCCUCAGCCAGUUUGUCCUUUACUACUUUGUUCCAAUGCUGGUCAUUGCCUUCAACUAUGCCCGUCUGGCUCUUUUCCUCCACAAGAGUCCUGUAAUGUCAGUGUCCAGUGCCAGGAACACCCGCAGAGCCUCCGUCAUGGUGUUCUUGGCUGCUGCUACCUUCUCAGUGUGCUGGCUUCCUGGUUAUGUGCUGGAGCUGUGCGUGUACCUGGGGCUGUAUCGUCACGGACAGGCGUGGGAGAUGUUCUACUUUGUCUGCACUAUGCUCCAGUACCUGCAUCCCUGUGUCAACCCCGUCCUCUAUGUGCUGCUCUCUAAGCGCUAUCGCCACACGAGGGCAGCGUGGCUCUUCAGCUGUAACAGGAACAGAGUGCAGCCGCAGGUCGUCAGCAUCACCACAGACAGUUUUUAAAUUCAGCUCACCGGCUUAUGCGUCAUGUAGCCGGCGAGAGUUGGGGACACUUUUUGCUGUUAUGACAAAUUCUCAUGUUUUGAUGCUUAAUUUUACAAAUAUUUUCAUGUGAUAUGUCAUAGCUGAUUAUUUUCAUUAAAUCU